CUGUUUAAGAGUUUUAAUACUGAUGUUGUGCCAUGUGUUUCUCAGUAUCAAUGUGGAGCUAUAUAAAAGUGUAUGUUUUUGUAGUCGAGUUGUCUGCUAUCGUUGCUGUAAUAAUUUAAUAUUUUGUUAAUCAUUUAGCACGUCGCGAACAAGUGUUGGAAGUGUUGGAACGUAGAUAGCAUGUGUUCAAAUACAAUAGGCGUGUUUCCUUGGAAGAGCAGCUCCAAAAGCCAGGAGAGCCAGUCUUCCACUUGGAAGCUGUUCGGAAGCAAGAGUACCCAGAAUCUCGCCGCGAAGACGCUUACCUCGGAAGCGCAGAAGACCCUGACACCAGUAUCUUCGGCCGCGAACACUCCACACCAUCACAAGAGACAGGGAAGUUCGGCCAGCGAGAAGCAGUUUGAGGACUUGGUGGCGAGCUCCAUAGCGUUGAUACAACAUGACAGGCCGUCGAACUUGCCAGCGAAAUGCACCGAGGAAGCGUUGCGGCACAAAGCCGAGCACGCGCGCAUGGUGGAGGCGGCGCGAAGGCGGGUGGAGAGAGAAGUCGCUGCCAGGCACGCGCGGCUGCAGGAGUCCAUCCGCCAGGAGGAGCGGCUCGCGAGACACGCGCGGGAGUGGACGACCAACAUCCUGCCCGACUGGCAGCACACGAAAAAUUCCAAGCGGACGCUGGAGUUGUGGUGGAGUGGUCUACCGCCCUCGAUACGCGGCAAAGUAUGGCAACUGGCCAUUGAGAACAAACUGAAAAUCUCCCACGACAUUUACCAGGAACUAGUCGCGAAAGCCAAGAGGAAGCUCCACGAAGCCCAAAUGAGACGAAAGAGGUUAAAAAUCAACCAGGACUGCGAUUGCGCAAAGUCUCAAGAAGCAGAGAAGAAAAUAAAAACUGACGAAGAUAAACCCAGGCUUAGUAUACCAAGGAAUUUAAGCGAGCAAAACUUGAAAUCAAAAACGGUGGAACGAGUAAAGAGGUGCUGUUCAAAAUCGAACCCUAAUCUGUUGGAUUAUAGUGACGAGUGUUCCAUGGAGCUGAUCCAGCUGGAUAUUGCGAGGACAUUUCCGCAUUUGUGUAUAUUUCAACCUGGAGGGCCGUAUUUUGAUGUGUUGCACGAGUUGUUAGCUGCCUACGUUUGCUACAGGCCUGACAUUGGCUAUGUACAGGGCAUGUCGUUCAUCGCGGCGGUGUUGAUUCUAAACAUGGAGGCGCCGGCCGCCUUCGUGUGCUUCGCUAACAUGCUGGACGGACCCGUACUGAGGGCCGCCUUCGCCAGAGACGGGCAGGCCAUGCAGCGGCUAUGGAAAGCCUAUACCACACUUCUGCAACACAACCUCCCCGCAUUAGCCGGCGUUCUCGCUCCAGAACUGUACCUGCUGGAAUGGUUGUACACAGCCUUCGCUAAAGCUAUGCCUCUGGACGCGGCCUGUAGAGUUUGGGAUGUGUUCCUGCGGGACGGAGACACGUUCCUGUUUAAUACUGCCUUAGGUGUCCUCCAUCUUUACCAAGACGAGCUCAAAGACAUGGACUUCAUAGCGGCCGCGCAAUUCCUCACUAAACUACCAGAAGACCUGGACCCUGAAGCUUUGUUCAAAAGCAUCUCCUCAGUCUCCAUGACGCUGGACGGCAUGACCUUCGAGGAACUUGCCUCCUGCUGCGAGGUGGACAGUUUGGAUGAUGAUGUGGUAAGGUUAUGAUAUAGGAAGAGAUCUGACUUCGGAUUGUGGGAUUUGAUAGACGCUCUCUCCUUCAAAGUUGGGUUAUAACGGUAAUAAAGUGCUAGGGUACAGUCGGAGAAGUUGAACGUGUGCCAGUUUAAGACAAAAAAACCACUGUAGCUUUUUUUAUCAUAAAGUUAUAAAUUAAAAUAAUUAUUCAUUGUUGUGGUAUAUUUUAGUUAGAUAGUGAGUGAAUUUAAAUUAGGGCGAUAUGAUAACGCUGGUGUCGGCAUGAAUGACGGCAGACAGUAUCCUCAUUAAUUAAUAAUGUCUCAGAGUGUGUGAUCAGAGGCACACGAUUUGUAAAAUCAAAACUUAAUAAACAGAUAAACCGCAAUCAAUAAUUGCCUAAAACUGGCAUAUAAAAUAAUUUCUUCGAUUGUACUUGAGAAAGAGAAAGAGAGAGUGGGGGGAGUAGCCUCUCUUUUUUAUCUUCAGCCAAUUUUCUCCUUGCAUGCUGAGUAUUCUAUUUGCUACUCUAUUCCAGAGACUACAGAAUUUAGUUUCUGAAUUAAGAAACAUCUUCGAGAAAAAAAAACGCUAAUCUUUACAUAACGCUACAUUAGGUAUUAUGUAGAUAGCUGUUGAAAUGUAAAUAGAUACAUUAAAUAUUAUAUAUGUAUUACGACGAUCGAAACUCGACCUUAAAGUAAUUCAUUAGAAUUGAAUUUACUAUUGUACUAUAAAAAUGGGUUUAUUGAAUUUUAUGAAUGGAUGUAAAUAUUGUCUGAAUUAAUGGUAAUGAUUUUGUAUAUGCAACUAAGGUUGUUAAAUUUUGAAAUAAAUUAAGUCAAGUCUUAGUUAGGAUUAAAACAUAUCAUGAUACUUUAUGAUAUAAUUACGUCAUUUUUUAAUGAGAUAGAGUACCGGCGUUUUGAGAAUAUGAAAUGUUUUGUAAAUUAAUAAUAAUAAAAUGUCACGAAUUAUUGCCGAGUCGUGUUGUAUGUCUGUCUCAAUAAGGUACAACCAACAGCACAUUUUCUAAGGCAAAAAGUAACAAUGUUUGUUUUUAUAUUUUCUAUUAUUUUAAAGCAUGUAACUGCUUGAUGUUUAAAUCUUAAGAAAAUAUAACUAGAAAAAAAUCAGCAGAUGGGACUCGAAGCCGCACCCUUCGCAAUCCGCGCGAAUGGACUGACCAAUUAUGCUACCGUGGCCCUCAUGGACCGCGUCGAAAUUCUUCUACCCAUUCUUAAGCUGCAAGCAUUCAAAUGUUUGUUUUUUUAAACAAUAAACUGCUUGAUACUUAUAUCUAAAGAAAAAAUUGUCUAGAAAAUAAUUCAAUUCAGCCAAUGCUGGUCUCGAAACUGCGUCUUUCGCAAUCCGGGUGGAUGCAGUUAUCUCUAUGCUGCCGAGACCUUAAUGGGCGGGUCGGAUGGCUCAAUUGAUACCGCCGCGAAAAGGGAUGAAAGCAUUUCCAUGCUUUUAUGUGUGUUAAUUUUUGUUCGAUGUGUCUUAAUGUUUCGUCGGUUUGUGCAAUUUUAGCUUCUAUCGUAUUCGCCUGUUGGUCCAACUUUCCGUGAUCAUAACUAUCUGCUGGCGCCACGCCUUCGAUUUGCCUGCGACUGCGCGAUUCGGAUCUGUCUUCUUUAUCUCGUCCGGUGAGAAUGUCUUUAUAUGUGAAACGAUUAGUGCCGGCAGUAAUGUACUGGGGGCCAAUCGCCUAACGGAAAUGCUUUGGGAAACGCUAACGCUUACGAUUUUAUAUUGUUAUUUCUAGCCGCCUGAGGUUUUCGAAUACCUCACGCUCAUUUUGUUAAUAUUGUUAUUACCAAUGCAAAACAAAAAGAAAGAGCGAGAGGCAUUUGAAUACCUCAGGCGGCUAGAAAUAACAAAAUAAAAUCGUAAGCGUUAGCGUUUUCCAAAGCAUUUCCGUUAGGCGAUUGGCCCCCUGGUAAAGGCAUUGAAUGCACGCGAUUGUAGAACAUUUAUGCUCUUAUGACUUAUUAUAGCUUUUCCAAGCCUGCUAUUAUGUCCCCAGUUUUUGGCGUUUGAGAUAUAAAUGAGGUGAUAAUUCAACCUCUUUGUCCCUGUAUGGUCGCAGAUGACUUUCCAAGGAGAUGUCCUAUGUUUUGGGGCGUUACAUAUUCUUGUGUCCAUUGAGCAAUCCAAUGUGCUGCUUUUUGACUCGUCUGGGGUGUUGUUUCUGGAUUUUCUUCCUUCUCUUGCUCUUGGACUUGUGGUGUUGGUGUAUGUGUUGUGGUCGUCGUCGAUGGCUUGUAUGAUUUCUUCUGCGCCGAUGUCGUCGUUAUACUCGUCGUCGUUGUUAAUGGUCGUUUCAGGCAUAACGAUUGCCUCUGUAUUGAAUUCGGCGGUGGCAACAAGCAUUCUCGAGAAUAGGAUGUUUGAAAAGUUUUAAAAAGCGAUUUAACGCUAUUCCCUGAUCUUUGUAAAGUCCAUAGAAAGUGGAUAAUCAUCGCAGUGUUAAAAACUCUAAAUUCUUCUUCUUCCUUGCCUUAUCCCUUCCUCGUCUUUAGGCGCCAGGAUAGUCUAUCCUGGGUUGUCUUUGUGUCCAGCUGAGCUCGUUCCAGGUCUUUGGAUACGGUUGUCCACCACGUAGCUAAGGGGCGCCCUCUGCCUUUUCUCCUUUCUGGGAUCGCUAGGGCCUUCUUUACUGGGUACUCCUCGUCCCUUCUCAUUACAUGACCGAACCAGCGCAUACGUCUUUCCGACAACUUAUCUCCUAUGGGAGCAACUUUAAAGGAGCCUCUGAUGUAUUCAUUGCGUACCUUAUCGAGCCUCAUUACACCAGCCGACCAACGCAACAUCUUCAUUUCAUUUACGUGUUAAAAACUCUAAAUCAAAAAUUCAAGUCGCCGCGAACACGUUUCUUUGGACAUUACGAAGUCACACGACUGUCAUUAAAACGUCAAGCGAUUCAAUAUAAUGUCACUUGGAUCGGAAGUUUGAUAGCGUAUGACGUCAUCAUUUUCGGUCACGAUAUCAUAGAACAUAAAGCCUAUUUCUAUUUAAUGGUUUUUUAGAAAAGUUACUAAUUAUUUGUUUUCUCUGGUAAUAAUAAAAUUGCGGCUUUUAUUCAUAUUAAAUACAGAUGCCAACAUUGUUAAUUUAUUUUUCGUUCUGUCAAAUAGCCUAGUCCAUCGUAUUUAUUUUGUAUGUUAUGUAAUUGAUAUAAAGUUUAUAAUUCUUUGCACAAUUUUGUUAUGAAAAUUCGUUUUCUCACCAUUCCGCAGUGGUAUAAAUUGAGCCAAAGGAUGUGCAAGGCAACGCCUUCACACAUUUUAGGUAAACUUGAAUGUGCAGUUGAAUGUACAAACCUAGAACUAUAUUCAUGAAUCAUAUUAAUCAAUAUGGUUUAUUUUAUAGUUACUCACGGGAUUGUUACCAUGUUCCUUGUUUUUUAUAAUUGCCUCAUGGAUUUUGCAACAGUGCCGUAGUAACGGAGAUUCAUAAAAACAAGGUACAUGGUUACAAUCCCGUUAGUAACUAUAAUUUUAAAACAACAUAUUGUUUAUUUUGUGCUGUAAGUUUAAUUUUGGUACAGUACAUUAGAAAAAAAAACAGUAUAAAAUAUAAACAAAUUAUGCCGAAUGCAAUUAGAUAUGUAUAAAGAAGUUGAAAGUAAAAAACGCAUUAUAUCUUGUGCAAUAAGGUCGAAUAUUCUUAUUUAGAAGCGAGAAAAUUAUACUGUACUUAAAAUUAAAUUUAGAGAGUACAACGGUGCCAAUUUUGGCAUGAUUUUCUUUGAAAUCAAAAUUUAACAUCAGUCUCUCCUUUUCAUUCUGUAUGGAGAAUGACAAGGAUACACUAUUGACAAAUUUAAUUUUAGGAUUAGGAAAUGAUGCCAGAAUCGACACCGAUGCGUAUGAAUGUUGAUAAAUCACGUUUAUUAUAAUUUGAUAUACCCAUAAGUAAAAUCAAUAUAACUCGGAUCUGAUUUAACUGUAUGUUUAGAUCCAGUAAGUUGUAUAUAGUUACCUAUAAUCUCUGUAUAUAAUUAAAUAUAAUAUUGUCAAUUAUGAUAUGUAAUGUACAUUGCAUUAACUGAAUCAACGAGUAGUAUGACCGGCCUAAUAAUUAAAUGAAACGAAGUUUAACACUUUUUAUGUGUAAUUUAAAUAUAACUAGUGUAUAUUUUAAUGUACGUUUCUAGUUGUAACCAUUGUUUUUAAUUUGCAGAAUAUAAUCAUAUAUUAUUAUACGAUAACAGAAAUAUUUAUUAAAAAUAAAAAUAUAUAAUAAUAAAAAUAAUAAAUGCUAAAUCGUGUAUAAAAAAUGUUUACAAUUUGGUUUUUGUUUUGCCAAAUUGUUAUAAUUAUUUUCGAAUUUCAUAUAAAUUUAUUAGCUUGCAAUUUGAUAAAAUUAAUAUCCAAUUGAAUUGUAUUUAUGACUCACUGUAGUAAGUUGAUGUUGUCUCAUUCUUUGCUAUGGCAAUAGAAUAAGACAACACAUCACUCUGAAAAGCAAUAUAAUUGCCGUCUCUGAGUGCGGCUGGAAUUAAAACCUACCUGGAUUUUAAGACCACAUAAUGUUUAUUUUGAUAUCGUAGACACGUGGUUAGCGAUAUCAUGAAAUUGGUAGCUACAUUUUUUUCUGAAUUAAUAAAUUAAUAGCGUUUCUUGUUAAGUAAAUAGCGUUGGCAUAUAAAGGCAAUCAAAAAUAUUAAUUAUAAACUUCUGAAUAGCUUUAAAUUAUUUUGUAUCUUGCCACGCCGCAAUAAAGUGUGAUUUCAAAAUGUGUAAAUAUUGAUUGUUUAUUCUAGAGUAAUUUUAUAUGUAUGUCUCAGUGUGUUUAUAUAUUUCAAAAACACUUUUUAUUUUGCACUGUUUUAUAAAUAUAUAUUAUUCACAAUUUAUUAAUCAAAUAAAAAUUAAUAAUUUGAAUAAAAAUUCUAAUAAAAAUAUUAUUAUUAAAUGGAAUAAUUGGUAUAUAUAUAAAUUAGUGUUGUUGAAAUUAAGAUAGUAAUUAUUUAUAAUUUUUUAUUGCGAUCAGUUUGAUUAUUUUUACAGAAUUAUAUAAAAGUUUAAAAAUACAAAUGGUUAAAUAUUAUCGAGUGGGAUAUUACAACAUAGAUUUGUAAUUCAGAUAGAAAUGUUGAAUUUAUUCACACCAAAAAUAUCACUUGGUAAUAACUAGAGAUCGGAUAAUCUGAUGCGUAUUUAUCUAAAGUUGAGAUGUUGGCUAUUAUGGGAAGCACUUUUUUAUCAAAAAAUCUCACGAUUACAGAAAAUAUAAAUUUAAGUGUUUACUCCGUGCGAUCUAAUAAACCCAGUUUGACACAAAUAACAGUUGCCCAACAUAAAAAAAAAUAUUAUGUAAGAUGUCCAUUAUGAAUAAAUAAAUUUAUAUUCACUUAUGUUUUCUUUUUCUUAGACAUAUACUGGAAUGGGAAAUUAAAAUUUAAGUUCAAGUAAAUAAUAUACAUUCAGUUAGAGUUAUGCGAUCACUAGUCCCGGAAUUUCAUUUUUAAUACAUUAUUAUUAAAAAUAAAUCAUCAUUAAAAAUAAAACUCCGGAAGGAUAUUAAUCCUAAGAAGCCACUUCCAUAAUUUGUUAACCAAAAAAUAACGAGGUAAAUAUACAUCCGAUUAUCCGAUCUCUAGUAAUAACCCACCAUUACUAAAAGCUUUAUUAAUAAUUAUACCUAAUCGUUAACAUUUAAGAUUAAAACAAGUUCGGCUGGAUGUUUCAUAUUAACAUGUUUUAAAUAUUGCGGAAAUCAUUAUGUUAUAUAUAUAUACAAGAAAAUAUAUUGCUCAAAAAUUAAUAUUGUUUGAACUUUUUCUGAUUUGUAGAUUUUUAUUUUUUUAUUAUUAUAUUGGAAUUAAUCGCGGGUCAUCCAGCCAUUUAAUAUAAAAUAUUACCUACUCUAAAUGUUACAUAUGUGAUGUGGACUGAUAUUACUAAUUAUAAAAGAAAUGCCAUCUCAAAAUAAUAUUAGAUAAGAUUCUCAUUGUAAAUAAAUGUAUCGUAAAUUAUAAAAUUCGGCCCCAAAUGAGGAUAUUUGUAAUUUUAAUUGUAAAAUAAAAUGUGGGAAAAUUA